UGUCGCUGUCAAAAGUAAACACGAUUGACUCGUAUUUUCAGCCGAAAAAAAUCGACCCGAAAGUAAUUGUUAAGUUUAUAAUCAAUGAAAUAAUUAGCGCUGCCACGUAUGAGCAACAGAAACAUGUGUCAGCCUCAGAUAAAACGUACGCCGUUUGGAAAGACCUGUUCCCGUGGAUUGUCAUAAAUUCAGAAGACCCGUCACAGGUUAAGCUUAAAUGUUCAUUAUGUAUAAAAUUUCAAAUGAAAAAUGCAUUUACUACAACUGGUUCUAGCAAUAUUCAAAAAUCAACCGUUGAGCGACACUGCGAAUCUGCGGACCACCAGACUGCUACUAAAAUGUCAUUGAAAUUAGAAAGUUCUAAAAAAGAUCCUACGCUAUUAGAUCAAGAUUCAGAAGAGAUAAAAAACUGUAAAUUGUUGGAUUCAGACAUUUUUUUGAUAAGAUCGGUUUACUCUCUCAUGAAAAAUGAAUUACCAUUUGAAAAACUUGAUGCAAUUUUGGAACUUCAACGGUUAAAUUCAUUAAAUAUGCCAUACAGAAAUUUAAGCUGGACUACUAUUACAGAAAUUCAAAAUGUAAUUGCUGCUGGUUUAAAGAAAAAACUUGUUGAUAAGAUCAAUCAGUCUGAUUAUUUUGCAAUCUUAAUAGAUGAAAGUACUGAUAUCACUGUUUCCAAGAGACUUUCAAUUUGUGUGAGAUAUGUAGUCCAUGGUAGUGCAUAUACAUCUUUUCUUGGUAACUGCGAAUUACCAGAUGGUAAAGCUCAUACUAUAACUUUAGCUUUAAGUAAUUAUUUAAAGGAAUGUGAUGUUAACUUUUCAAAAUGUGUUUCACUUGCAACAGAUGGUGCAAGUGUCAUGAUGGGUAAAAAAACUGGUGUUGGGGUACAGGUUCAAGCUAAAUUUGCCCCAUUUGUAAUACAAACUCAUUGUAUAGCACACAGAUUAAAUUUGGCAGUAACUGACUCUAUUAAACAAAUUGAACCACUAAAGAAACUGAAAGAAAAAUUUGCAAACCUUUACCAUUUCAUAUCUGCAUCAGGAAAUAGGACAUUUGCCUUAAAACAAAUGCAGGGGUUGUUAGACGAGCCUAAGCUGUCUGUUAAAGAACCAUAUUCCAUUCGUUGGCUGGGUCUUAAAAAUGCUGUUGAAGCCGUCUAUGAAUCAUAUGGAGCCAUACUUGCAACAUUGUCUAGCAUGGCCGAUGAAAAUUCUACAGCUAAAGGUUUAUACAAGUACUUUGCUUCAUAUAAAACGGCAUUACUUUUAGCUUUCAUGUUGGACGUUCAUACCAUCCUGGGUGUCCUAUGUUGUGAACUGCAGGCAAAGAACCUUAUUUUUAGUGAUGUUCCUCCCCUAAUAGACAGUACUGUGGAGAAGAUUGAGUCAAUGAAAUCAGAAGAGGGUGAUGGAUUAGUAGAGAUGAAAAACAGCAUUGUUGUGAAAGAUGAAAAGGCCUUUUAUAAAGGAGAUGAGCUUAAAUAUUAUAGCAAAGAUAUAGAAUCACAGUUUUCAAAUGUUAAAAAUAAUUAUUUGGAUAACUUGGCCAAAAAUAUUAAAAGAAGACUAAAACAGAAUGAUAGUGACACUUUAAUAUACUUGAGUCAAGUCUUAGAACCAUCAACAGUAUGUCAUCUUCCUGCUGAUACCAGUAAAAGUGCUCUAGAAUGUUUGGGAAAUCAGUUUGGAGUUGAAAAAACAGUGUAACAAAUGGAAGGAGAUCUGAUUAUAGGGACAACAGAGACUGUCACCCAUGUUGAGCCAUUAUUAGACAAAACAAAACUUGAGAAGGAGUGGAAAGGGGUUUAUGGGAUGGUAAAAGGCACAUAUAGGAACAUUUCCCUCAGUGACCUGUGCCAAAGAUUAUGUGUGAAGCACAGUCUGACAUAUCCAAACAUGGCUAAGUUAGCUAAAAUAGCCUUAUGCAUGGAGAUUUCAAGCACAGAGUGUGAGCGCUCAUUCAGCACUCAAAACAGACUUAAGAGUAAAUUAAGGUCAUCACUCAAAGAGAUUUCACUUGAAUCACUGCUGAGGGUUAGCCUUUAUGGAGAGCCAGUCUCAGAGUAUGACCCUGUACCAGACACAAGACAGUGGUUGGUCAAGAAUCGCAGAAGGAAGCGUCUGAUGCAAGAUUAUAAACCAAGAGAGUCCAAAAAGCAAAAGAAAUGACUGACAUAUCUUGUAUUACAACUAUGAUAAUGCAGUAAACAUGGAAGCAUAAUAAAUGUUUUACUCUUUUCCAUACAUUGUAAGGAGUAAAAAUACUCCUGCCAAAUUUCAGAUUUCAAGUUUUACUCAUUCACAAAAAAAUCAAUGAGUAAAUACUCAUUGCCCUAAAAAAUUAUCUGGAGCCCUGUAUAUACAUACAUAAUACUGGGAUGAAAAUUUCAGAAUUUUGUCUAUGAAAUAUAAUAUAUUUACUAUUUAAAAAAAAAUUAUGAUAACAAAAAUAAUGCAUUCUUACCUGUUCCACAUG